AAUGUUGAAAGACAACAAAGAAAGUACUUUUGAAGAAUCUUCUGUUUAUGGACGGCUUGGAGAGCAGACUUGUAGAGGCAGUUGUGACUCAGGACAUAGCAAAGUUAAUGGUAGCACGACUAUAAAGAUAACUGUUAAAAUCAAAAGUCCCAAUGGAGCUGAAUCAAGCGUGUCAACGUAUGUCCAAGAGAUACCCAUUGAAAGUUUGCGAGAAGGUAUACAAACGGACAUUGAAGUAAAGCCUAGUUCCGAUAAGAGAGACUCAAAUCAUAGAAAUUCUGAUUCUCAGAUUCGGAAUGCCACUGAUAAAAGAGACAAUUCCAUUCAAUCUACAGCAUCGAAUCCAGCGAACAAUGGUCCGCAACUAAUAAAGUUUUGCGAUAAAUCUGUGCAAACAGAAAUUUUGACACCUAAAAAGGUUGUACUACGCAAAAGACCGCUCGAAUCACAAUUACCAAUGGAAAGUCUGAAAUCAAUUUUCCCUUUAAAACGUUUGAAAGAAAGCAACAGUUCAUCUAGUGGUAUUUUUUAUUUUACGGCCGAAAGUAUAUUCCCGAAAAGUGAACAAAACGAUACUAUUCAGUAUGAAGAAAAUAACAACAUCGGCAUGGAACAGACACAGAUAUAUGAAUCCAAGGGAAACUUUGUACGGUAUGAAGAACAUAAAGAUGAAGAAAAUUCUAUAAUUAUGACAGAAUGCAUAUCAUGUUUCAACAAAAAAUUCGGUCCAAAUCGUAAUAUUUUACAUAACGAUGAUAUUGAAAGCAACAAACUUCAUAAUAAUAAUAAUAAUAAUAAUAAUAAUAAUAGUAAUGAAAGUAUGAUAGCACGCCUAGAAAACGAAGGAGAGGAAGUAAAAGAAGAUUGUGAAGGGGAUGAAAGAUAUGAGCAUAUCAAAAUUUUCACCUUGAACAACGAAGAGAAAGAGAAUUCAAUUUUGGUAACAAACAGCGAUUCAGGUGACUUUGAAGCUACUGCUGAAGAUGAAUCUAAUGUUACAAACAUUCCCAGUGAGUCAUUUGGAAAUGUUAAAAAUUUAAUAGUGGCGUAUGAAACAAAGGCUAUUGGUAGUGGAUCGAAUAUUAAUAAUUCCCAAUUAAAAUUAAACCACAAAGAGAGAGAUAAAAAAAAGACGGGAAUAAUCCAAAGAGCUGGUCACUCUUCUGAGCAAAGCAGUUGUAAAUCUGAUACAGAAACAAGCGAACUAGAAACAGGCGGCACAGAGUCCCCAGCUCUAGUACACAUUGAAUCUAAUAGUUCACGUUUGAAUGAAGUUGACGAUAUCGAAACUAAAACUUUAGUUGCAGAAAAUGACAAAAGUCCACCAGUUGAGGCGUUCAUUAUUAGUGACACUAUACUUAACGAAUCAGACAAUAUUUCUUUCGCUGAAACAGAGACAGUAGUGACGGCAACUGACGAAGCCUCUCUUGUUGCUGUAUAUAUAAAGGAAGCAGAUGGAGAUCCUUUGUUGGAAACGAACAUCUCAGAAAAUGAAAAAAUUGCACCAGUUUCUGAGUUAAAAACCUCAGCUGAAAAUGAUGUUUGUACAGGUGAGACACUUCAAGACGAAGCAGAACGUUUACAAACGACUAAUUUAUUAAACACAUCAUCCGCAACCACUACCCUGGAGAUAGCGCCGAGAAAAUCCACAAAUAGAAAGAAUAAAGAGUCGAAUAAACAGGAAAAGGUUGCAACAAAGAUGACAAAGAUGCAAGAAAGUGUCUCAGCCAAAAUUAAACCUUUAGAGAAUAAUGAAACUAAAUCUGUUAAUUCUUCUAGAGAGAGUCUUCUGGAGAAACAGACAAAAGCUUUAACAAAAAGAGAAAGAAAGUCCUUAAAAAAGAAAAUGCCCGAGAAGUUAAAAAACAAAGAAAUUGCAAUUGAUGUUAGUGACCAGAAAGCAGCAACAUUUGCCUCAAACAGUGAAAACUCAAAUGAAACUUUUGAAAAUCAAAAUGUAGCAGUUGAGUGCAUGGUGGACAAGGAGGAAAGUACAGUUAGUACCUCUUCGGUGGAGAAAGCGCUUAAUGAUUCAAACCCAAACUUUGCUAAAAUUAAUUCUAUCAAACCUAAACGUGAUGAAUUAUUGCCUGAAAUCGAGCCUGACCCAAACUCGAAAGAUACAAAUUGUGGAAAACAAGAAUCUAAUUUUCAUAAUAAUGAUAUCAAUUCAAAAGGGAACGGCGAAUGUCAAUUGUCGGAAACCACUUUUGAAAAUAAGUUGCAGCCAUAUAGCCAAACAGAUUUUAAUAUUUUUGAUGUAGAUGAAAGCGACUUUAAUUCCGACGACAACAACGACAAUAACGAUGACAAUGACGAUGAUGAUGGUGGCGAUUCCAAUGCAUGCAUUGCUGCCAAUCCUGCGGACGAAAAUCCAGAUAGUAAGUGGGUUCCCCCAAACGUUCUAAAGAGACCCAGAUAUUUUGACGCUGAGGAGAAGAAUCGCCCACGGUAUCCUAGACGAGCUAUUUGUCCAAAAGAGUUCUAUAUUAAACUGAAACUCGAAAAAGUCGCGGAGGAUAAUUCGAUGGAGCUGCAAGUAAAAAUAUUUGACAAUUCACCGAUUGGAAUUAGGGUAUCACCGACAGACCUUCUUCAAUUGUUGAUUGUAAGCGUGCAAGAUCGAAGGGGUUUUUAUACAAGAACAAAUCUUGGUAUCUACUUAGAAGGAAAACGUCUCGACAGUACUAAAGAGAUUGGGACAAUAGAAAAUCUCUCACCAAGUAGCAUCUUGUCAGUUGUAGAAGAAACAAAAAAUACUGCUUCAGUAACUGAGUUUCUAUUGCCUAAUGCAAUAGAAAAUUUCAACUGGUCGUAUCUCCACCUCCACUGCCCUCCAUUCGAAAAGUUUGCUGGUUGUCUGAAGAAUUUAAUGUUAAGUAAGUGGCAUCCACCAACCGCGGAGAGAAAACGAAGAGGAGAUUUCUUGUACUUAUAUGUUGAGACUUUGGAAAAUAAUAAUUUCCACGUCACAGGAUGCGCCAGGGGUUUUUUUAUUAACAGAUGUACGACCGAAAUUUUCAACCCAAAACCUGAAUCCGAACCUUUCUUAAAUCACAGUCUAGCUUACCUCUUGGGUGAGGUUAGUCCCCAAUUUAAGAUAAAGUUCGAAGAUUUUAUGAACUUUAUCAGGGAUUCGAACCCAUUGGAACGUUAUCCCUAUGGUUCACCUGUAUUUAACUGGCUCUCACCCAAGGUGGAUAGAGUUUUAGACUGUGAUAAACCCCUUUUGAAUCUUAACGAUUUGUAUAGUUUAAAUGCUCGGAAGAUGACGUUGAACGAAAGAAUUCAGCUGGCUUAUGACAGGCCUAGAGCUGAUUUACGAGACGAAAUUAAACGUGAACAUGACAUAUAUGCUGCUCACACUGAAUUUAGUACUCAGGCGCAGAAUGCUGUUGUAAAAUUGCUAAAUGAAGGAGUUCAGAAUAAUCGAGAUCAGUGGGGAAACAAUAGGAACUUUUUUAUUUACGAUGGCUUCUCAUUGGAAAUUUUAAACGAUGAAAUCGAAUACGCGAAAGCUAAUGUAUCAAUUUUGGUUGCUCGAGAGUUAGGGGUUCUUCCUCUGAAGCUUAUUCGAUGCAGGGGUAUGGUUAUUAUUGACUAUAAGGGGAGACGAGUUUUCGCUAAGACACUACUGCCUGGUAUGCGCGAAAAAACAUUUAAACCAGCCCAUCUUGAACACGGUUCUCUUCUCAAUGGGUCAAUAAUUAAAGCAACCGAGAGAGACGAUUUAUGGAGAGAUCUGGACUUAAUGUCAAAAGAAUUGAAAUUUAAACUUCAGACUUUCAUCGAUGGCGAUGGCGUCGAGCAUAGGAAUUGUUUACCCCUGAACUGUAAUAUAUACAGAGGCGGCGAUGGCAGAAUGUAUAUCGAAGGCAUAGAGAAUUUAUUUCCACACGAUCCUAACUUUAAACCUGAUUUACCCGAAGUAUUUUUCACAAAAAAUAUGAAAGCCGCCUCCCUACCUAGAGCAAUCCAUCAUGAUUGUUGCAUAUUUAGAGAAUCUUUAUCUACCCAAUUUAUAUGCUCGCGACUUAGAACUUUUGCGAGUAAAUGCAAAGCAGAGAUUAAACCUAAAUAUCGGAAAAGAAUAGUUAAAAGUCUCGUUCAACAAAUGGUAAAUGAAAGCGAAUAUCCACUAGACUAUACAAACAUUUUGGAGAAAAUUCUUAAUGACGACGAAAGUAAUCAAAUAGAAGAGAUCGACGACGAAAAUGAAUUUUUAGAGGAGAGAAACAAGGCUAUCGAUCUCCUCUCAUCUAUUGGCUCAGUUGAUAAAGACCGUCUCCAUUUUUGCUUUAAUCCAAACUCUUUUAACACUAUAAUAAAAAUUCCGCAAGAAUUAAGAAGCACUUAUCACAGAGACGAAGUGAUCUUAUCUCGUAUGAGUAAUUAUAUUUUAACGAAAAUAAUUCCCCAAUUUGCCACCAAAUUUCAUGGCGAGUCUCAUGGAAUUGUCGAUGGUGAUACUCUUACGGCUGAAAUGCACGAUACGGCUAUAAAUAUUAGAUAUUUGGGCCUUCUUGUUAAUCAUUUUGCGACAGAUCAUUACAUGUAUUAUGUGUGUAUUAGCGAAAUUUUAAACAGAGCUGUGAAGAGAGUAUUUAGGCGUUACAUGAAAUCGAUUCAAGUAUUCCACGAAGCAGCUGGUAUAUCACAUUUUCUUAAUUGUUACCUGUCGAAAUAUGUUAGGAACACUUCGAGUGUGGAGUGCAAUGAUGAACUCUUAUUAAGUAGAAACUCUAGGAAGAAGAAAAAAGUUUUUCCAUUUAUGACAGAACAAAGAUUUUUCGAAUGGGCGAAGGAGACAAAGAAUAGUCUCUGGGGGAAAAUAUUAAACGAAGUCAAUGAUAGCUAUAAUUACAAGUUUUGUAUAGAUGGUUAUAAGAACGUUCCUGAACAAUUAGGCUUAAAGAAUGUUAGUCUUCUUCGAGCAUUUUGCAGAACAAACGGACUGCAAUUAAAAGUUAGACAAUAUGAUUUCAAUUCUGAGCAAGAAACUUUCAAAGUGGAAGAUUUAAUGGGUAUCUUCCCUUUAGUUAAGAGUACCGGAAUUCGGUCAACUCUACCAGAUAAAAUUUUUCACAUAGGGAUGGAACGCCUCGGAGAAGAUGACUUAUUAACGGCCAGUCGUCAUAUUCAUCACGCAAUUCUUUGUUUUAAAUCAAUGUAUGGGCCAAUUCACGAAGAUAUUGCAGCAUGUAGUCGUAUUCUAGCAAGAAUUUUCUUCUUAUCUAGUAACACAACUUCUGCGUGCUUGCUACAAACCCAAACUAUUAUUAUAAUGGAAAGAAUCAAAGGAGCCGAUUGCGGAGAGCUAAUUGAGGAUUAUAUGUUUAUGGGAGUCUUUAGUUUUGCAGCGCAAAAUGGUGAAAAUGCCUUACAUUGUUUUUAUAGAUCUCGUUAUUUGCUAUAUUUGAUUUAUCCGGGACAAUUGAACCAUCCUUUGAUGGGUAUAAUCGACAUGUGUAUAGGAAUCGUUUUGAGAUAUCUAAGAGAAUUUAAACCUGCUAAAGCGUUUCUAGAAGAUGCUUUUAUAGUUCUAAGUCCAUUAAAUGGACAUCAUAAAAUGAAGGCUGCUCUCUGCCUUCGCGCUAAAUCAUCUAUCUAUUCAAUGGAAUUCGAUUACAAAAAUGCUAUAGUUGAAGAAAAGAGAGCGAGAGGCGUGUUUUUGGAAAUGGCGUCAAACGAUCAUUGGACCGUAGAAAAAACUUCAAAGACUAUCGAGAAACUUACACAACUGUAUGAGGAACACGGAGACCGAUUAUAUCAGGAAGCCCAGGGCCCAAAAGAGGGAGUAGGUAGGACGAGGAAAGACUUAAAAAUUGGCCUCGAAGUCUUAUGUACAGCCGUAGCACUUAACAAGCGUAAAAAAUUGAACAUUCCAUUUGGUCCUCAAACGUUUAAUCUGAAAUUUGAAGAAACACGGGAUGAAUUCUGGUUUAGAAGGUAG